CUACAGCCAGCAGUCGUCAGACAUCAUUCAUUCAGGUCAUCGUUGAAACAAUCGGAAUCCCGUACAAACUCAGUGUAUCGAAAAUUAACUUUUUUUUCGUGUAAAACAGGACUUUUUGACGCGAUUCGUAUUCCGCAGUGCCUUCGGAAUCGGGGUAACCCCUCCGACAGCGAUGGGUUCGCAGUUUUUGGCCAAUUUUUUGGCUUGGAAGUGAACAAAUUUUCUGGAUUGUAGUUUUUUUUCUUCAACUCGCCGUCUACGCUUUCGGUUCGGGGCUAGGCCAGAAGACCACGAAUAAGAAUAACAACAAUAAUACGGUGUGUGGCUGUAAAGCUGUACGGGUAUGUGAGCAAGCAGAACGGGUAUAGAUUUUUCAUUUCGCUCCCUCGUUAUGCGGACUGCAGGAAUAUUCGUGUGUAAGCAGUGUGACUUUAAACCAAUACAUCGCUAAUUAAACAGUGAUCUAGUAUCAAGAUGAUUAUUGUACCGUGGUAGCGGCGUUACGAAAAUGCUCGUAUAUCAAUAAUAUGUAUAUAACUAGUGUUAGUGUUUGGAAGCUUUCAUGUAUUUCAACAAUAUCAAUUACUACUGAGUAGGCGAUGGUGUAUGAUAUAUUAGCGUGCGUGUUUGUGAAGAAAGCAACUCAAAUGUCAAAGUCGAAAGUGGCAGCGAUAACAGCAUAAAAUUGACAUCGAACUGCUUCAUACCGGAAUGCAGAAUGCGGCUUUUAAUUUGCAUACAUUGUUCGAGAUGAGGGUACGUUGGCAGAAAUACGACGCGCUGGGCAACAGCAGGGAAUAGUGUGCGUGAACGACGGUCGCCAUCUCGUGAGUGUGUGCGUCUUGUGAUCUUGCAGCACAGCUUGAAACACAACACCAAAAACAUAACAAUCUCCGAUAAUAUAUGUGUGGCUGACAAUAAUACUAACAAUAACAACACCAAUCAUAUAGCGCUGAAUGCGUGUGCGAAGGAAGAGUUCAGUCUAUCGUCGCGAGUGGACCCAUGAAGAAAAACGUCUGGUCGUCGUCGUCGUCGUCGUUUGUCGCUGUUUUCGUGAGGCCCCAAGUCAGUGAGACAGGCUAGCUGUCUACAUGUAGAGUAGUUUGACCACAGCGAUCGAGGUGACGAUUGGAAUUUCGCCAGAAAGUGUGCCUUCAUCCUGCGGGAGGUUCCAGGCCCCGUCCGUAUUUCCAGGGAAAAAUAUUUCCAUUUUGAUCGAGCGUGAUAGGAGCGAAUAAAGUGCAAUUAGCAGAGGAAGUGCGGAAAUAUUUUCUGACCAUUGUCGUCACUUGCGGAUAGUGUGGACCGGUCGGGUCGUCCACUCCCCCCCACCACCGCACCGUUGUGCGUUGGAAGUGAAAAUGUAGACCGCAAAGUGAAAUUUUCCAACCCAUCUCUCAAUUAUCCAAAGUGAAAAUCGAAGAAAUCGAAAAUCAGAAAAAAGUGAGCAGCAAUAGCUGGCAGUCGAAGAUAAAUUUGUGUGCAUAUCCGUGUGUUUUGCCAGCCAGAAGAUUUACACGUUUAAAGUAGGAAGCGAAAAAAAAAUCCGAGAUCAAGUGGAGUGUGUGAGGCGAAUAAAAAAAAUAGUUUCCUUGUGAUUCCCUUACACCGUUCAUUCGGGUUUAGGGGAUUUUCCCUUCCAGUACCAUAAUCGUAAUACAGAAGAGAGUAAAAGCCAUCCGGAGCUUCAGCGCGUACGAGUGAUCCCAGCAGACACACUCUUGGCUUAGGCGGAGCGUGUCUCAUGUACGGCACAUGCCCCACAUCAAACGCAAUCACCACCACCGUCAGUACGACGUUCCACGUUCGAAAGCCGGAAUCGCUUCGAAGUCUGGAAUUCGGUACCAGCAGUGCAUGGGAAUUAUUGUUUCGCUAACGUGUGGGACUAGAAGAAUCGAUUCGUUUUAAUGGAUAACAACAUCCCAUCGACUGGACCGACUGAAAGGUCACCGUUGCAUCACAACCGCACAGCAUCCAGUAGCAAUCUCAACGGUAACGCUGCCACUCACCGCCAGAGGCCCCAGACGCUAAAUCCGACCCGCGAUUCGCCGAAGAAUGCCCCCGUCCCGAUGCUCACGCUGGUAUUGACCGUCAACAAGGAUGCCAACGGGUACGGCAUGAAGGUUUCCGGAGACAAACCCGUAUUUGUCGAAAGUGUGAAACCAGGAGGCGCUGCGCAAAAGGCCGGUCUGAUGGCCGAGGAUAUGAUAUUGAAGGUUAAUGGAACAUCUGUACGAUCCUCGACGCAUACGAACGUGGUGGAGUUGAUCAAAGCUUCCGACAUUGUUGAACUGACGGUGCAACGUAGUAAUAACAGAAUGCAGCGGCCAUCACCUUCUACGACGUCCAUCACACCGACGACGCCGAUCGCACCGCGGAAUUCCAUCACAGCUCCGGUCCCCGUUGAUCAUGCCAAACAACGGGAGAUGGAAUUCCAUAAAAUUAAAACCCUGCGACUGAUGCUAGAGCAGGAGAAGAAGAACCUGGAGAAUCUGAACUCAAGCCACAAGCAGCGCACACCGGAGAGUGUUCGGGCGGAAGCCACCAUCAAGAAGCUCCAGGAAGAACUCGCCCAGAUGUGUGGAGAGGAUGCCUCAUAUCCACCAUAUUCAUCCACAAACUCACCACUCUUUCCGCAACCACAAGCCCAAAACACGUCCACCCCAGCAUUCCUUUCCCGAUUUCCACGAUCACUUUCUUCACUGAGUCUUGGAACGAAAAAGAAAUCCACCGAGAAAGACAUCAGUUCACCGGGAGGUACCGCCGGUACUCCGGAAUGUCUCAGCCCGACGGGUGGGGCUCAUCUGGGCUACGGACAUGGACAUUUCGGACAGGCGUUAAGCUCCGGUGGUAGCUCUGGAACUCCGUCGAAGAAAAAGUACAGCAACAGUAGCGUGUCGGAUCGCAAUCAUAAGCACCCGCAGCAGGACACUCCGCCACCACUUCCACAAAGAAACAUUCCAAAACGCUCGGAAUCCGCACUGGAUUCGGUGGACACCGUUGGGACGCGAAGGAAUAUAGUGGUGUCCGAUUUAGACCAUUCCGUACUAGCUGCUCCUCCAGGCAGUGGAACGAACAAGUGUGUCAAUAACAACAAUGUGAGUUCCGGUGGUGGCGGAAGCAGUAAAAGUAGCAGUAAAUCUAGAAAGAAGAAAAACAAUAAUUUACCGGAGAUGAAAUCCGAACAGACGAUGUACCAUCACGGUACGGAACGCGGCGGAGGUGGUGAAUUACAGGCGGAACCUCCACCGUUGCCACCACGACAGCCGGGCAUGAUGGAGGUCAAUCAAAACAUAAUCCUUAACAAUGACAACGUUGCGGUGCCUUUUGGUAGAGACUGUAACAGCAAUAAUAGCAACAAUAACCACAGUCGGGUCAAUAGUCCUGAAACGCGACCCCCACCGAACAGUAUUAACACUUUGAUGAACUACCCCCUGAUCACGACUUGCACACCGGUACGGGACAACAUGAUGGCAGCGGCUUUCCCCCUCUCGCAAAGACCUAACAUCGUCCAUCAGAUGCAGCAGCAUCAGCAAGCCGCACUCAACGCUACACCGCCAUCGGCCCACAUGAACCAAUCCAUCAGCAAGAAACACCGCCGGAUAGUGUCCUCGCCGGAAAAUAUCAGUCCCAAAGAGUAUAGCGACCAUUCGACGUCGCUGAUACCCCGUCACCAGAAAACCUCAUCUGAUUCGUGGGACAAACGGUCCCAGGAGAUUACUCCCCCGGGAACGCCACCCCCACCGUACCCGAGCUCGUCGUUAAUCGGCAGUGGUGCUGGUGGCGGAAGCGGACAUUUGCACCACGACCACACCACUGCCGGUGAUUUGGCGAUAGCAGCAAGCAAUCUACUCCAUCAGCACUCGGCUCCUGCGGGUGCGACGAUAAUGGCCGCUCAAGCCAACGUGGCCCAAAAACCGAUCAUCUCGAUGGAGGAUGACGAAAUUUCCGAUCAGGAAAGCUUCAUCGAGGAACACGGCCCAUUCCGGUCGCUUCUGCAGCUGUUGGAACCGGCACAUUCAGCACAUUUAGCAGUAUUUCUAAAUUUCGUACUUUCCAAUUCGGAUCCUUCGCCACUGCUUUUCUAUCUGAUUACCGCCCUAUACAAGGAGGGUAGUAUCAAGGAUAUGCGCAAGUGGGCGUACGAGAUUCAUUCGACGUUCCUGGUACCCGGAGCGCCACUUCUUUGGCCAAACGUAGAAGAGUCGCUUGCCCGCGAGAUUGACGAUAUUCUCCAAAAGGAGAAUGACAAAGUGGAAAUUUUGCGACGCGUGUUCUACAAAAGCCGCAACAAGGCUCGUGACUAUAUCAACAUCCAACUACAGGAGUUUCAGGUAAAGCGGACAGCCGGUCUUGGAACGAUGUACGGGCCAACCGAUCAGCAACUUCAGAACGCUAAAGGUGAUAAAGUCAAGGAACAGCGUGUGGUUGAGGAAACAUUGCUACCUAAAUUACAGCAAUACCUGGAAGAGAUCGAGAAGGAAUCGCCCAAGGAAUGUCCAAAGAAACUGGCCCUCUGUUCGGCACUAUCAACGGUGUUACAACGUUUUUUCGUAACUCGAUCGAAUCCCGGCAGCCCAAUCGACAAAGUGCACCACUUUGUUAGUCGGGAGAAAAGUUUCAAGAGUCGACUGAUGGCGAAGAAUCGCAAACAGGACAUUCUCGGGCACAACCUACGGUUGCAACCGUACUACGAGGUAACCCGAUGUAACCACUGCCAGAACAUACUCUGGGGUGUCAGCCCUCAAGGAUAUCACUGUUCGAAUUGUGAACUUAACAUCCACCGAGCCUGUGCGAAAGAUCUGAAUGAGUGCUGUCCUGGACCAGCACUGUUGAAGAACGACAGUAGUAAAAUAACGAAAUUGAUGGAGAAGAUAUCUAGCCGGAAUCAUCAUCAAGCCGAUAAAGCCAAAAGGCAUGAUGAUGAUGGCGCCGGUGAUGAUCCAUUGGGUAGCGAUCGACCAACCAGCAUAUCACUGGCCCGGCAACCCUCAGACCGGAGACAGGACUUCAACAACAGUAGUUACUUGGGCAACGUUAGUUCCUACUCGGAUUACCUGAGCAAUUCCACCACUGAUCCGGACACUUUUGCGCAAAGUGUCGACAAUGAUCAGUUCCGGGAAAGUGUCAAAUCCAAAUCGGCCCCGGUGUCGGUGAAUCGUUCCGAGUCGUAUAAGGAACGAUCGCAGAAGAAAACCCGAAAUACCCGCCGGAAAACUUCGGAUCCAAGUUUGACCAAAACGACUGAUGAACAGAAUGAGGCCUCAUCGCUGAUCAACAACUAUUCCAGUAGUUCCACAUCUAGUCUUCCACUUGCACUGGAUAGUAGAUCGACUUCGCUCGAGGCAGUCGGUGGCGUCCCAGUGGGGUCUUCGGCUGGUCCGGGAGCCCCCGGUGGACCGGCAGUCCCGUGUAUGAAUGUGUCCGCGACUGCCAACAAUUCUGGACUGUUCAGUUCCCCAGGAGGUCCGGGUAAUGUCUCGAAUAUAAGCACCGGUACCGGAAUCAUUCUGCCGACGGCCCGCGAAUGGGUUGACAGUGAGGACGAAGGUAACCUUGAACCGGAAGCCGACUGGAGUUCUAACAUACCGGCAGAUAUACUCGCUACACUCUGUAGUGCCGAGAAGAAACGACAGGAAGUGAUAAAUGAAAUCUAUCAAACCGAGCGAAACCACGUGCGAACGCUCCGGUUAUUGGAAGGUAUCUUUAUGCGUCCUCUGCAAGAAUCCGGUGCGCUGCCUAAUGAUCUACUGCAGCUGCUAUUUCCGCCUUCGCUUCGGAAAUUGCAAGAGCUGCACACUACCUUCGAAGGAUAUCUCAAGCAGCGGCGAAUCGAACAUUGUAAUAUCGUGCGGGAAAUUGGCGAUCUUCUGAUGCUGAUAUUCGAAGGCCAAUCGGGUGAUGACCUGAAGGAACAUGCCGCCUAUUUCUGUGCCAGACAGCAGAUCGCCCUGGAGGCACUGAAAGAACGGCGGAAAAAAGAUGAAAACCUCCAGCGGCUGCUAAUCAAGGCCGAAUCGCACAAGGCCUGCCGGCGUCUGCAGCUGAAGGAUCUUCUGCCAACGGUUCUGCAACGACUGACAAAGUAUCCGCUACUGUUUGACAACCUGUUCAAUUUUACGGUUCGCGUCCAGCCGGAUAACGAGGCCGAGGCACAGGCAAUCCGAAAAGCACUGGAAUCGGCCAAACGAAUAUUGGACCACGUCAAUCAGGCGGUCCGAGCUGAGGAGGACUCACAUAAGUUAAUUUCAAUUCAACGUAAAUUAGACAAAAGUGGUUUAGAUAAAGACGCUUCUAGUGAAUUUAAGAAUAUAGACUUGACUGUGCGUAAACUUAUCCACGAUGGACCGUUAACAAUGAAAAAGAAUCCUGGAGUCCAACUGCAUGGAUUGCUAUUUGAAGAUAUGAUGGUUUUAUUACAAAAACAGGACGACAAAUACCUGUUGAAGUAUCACUCUAGUCCCGGUCUCGGUGGCAGUGAGAGCAAAAUCACCGAAGGCCGCUUCAAUCCCAUCACCAAGAUAAAUUUGAUUCUAGUGCGGCAAAGCGCCGUCGAUAAGAACACCUUCUUCUUGAUCAACACCAACGUAUCGCAGAUGCUGGAGCUGACGGCACCGAGUAGUUCCGAAUGCAAAACAUGGUUCAAGCACAUCUCCGAUGCAGCGGACGCCUAUAAAGCACGUACCAAAGGAACGCACGAGUACAGUGAGGAUGCCACGACGAACGCCGGUCAACCUCCGAAGGAUAGUUUCGAGACGGUAACCGAAGCGCAAAAAAUUGAACAAACUUCGACACCGAUCGAUCGGUUGGAGCGCAAGGACAGUAGUCUUCCGUGCCGGGCUAUCAGCACCGGAGGAACCGGCACCACCGGUAGUGCCAAUAACGGUCUGAACAACAACGAAGACUCGCUGCCGAACAAGAACCGGACGGCUAACGAAAGCGAUGACAAUGCCGAGAACGAAGAAAAGGAAAAGAUCAAAAGACGCAGUCUGCUUGGCUCGUCGCAGGAAUACAACAGCCCCAGUGACGAUGAUCAGAAGGACGAGGACGAUUAUGGGCCGGACUACCGGGGUCGGGGAUCAAACAACACCCGUACCCUAACGCAGCAAUGCUCACUGGUCGCACCGAGUGAGAUACACGUCAGUAUUAGCAAUACGCUGACCGCUGAGCCGAUAUUGACACCUUCAGAAAAACUCCGCCGCCUAGACCUGGCAAUUCGAAAAACGCUAGUCGAGAAGCAGAGGGUUGUUUGUGAUAUGUUCAGAGUGCCGGAUGAACAUUUUUUGGCCAUCGCGGAUAUUGCUGGCCAGCCAGAAGCUCCCCAGAAAGAACCUACUGACAUUAUCCUCGCGGCAUUCGCCCACAUCCAAUCGCUAACGGAUGUGCUAAACGAACACAUGAGAGUUUCCCAGAGUCAGGAAAUUUCCGCUGUGUCCACUUCAAUCUGUGAUGAGUGCAAUCGUCGUAACAGUAAUGUUAAACUGUUUCCCUUGACCGCCAUUAAACCUAGUAUUGCUGCUACCGGGAUACUGGAAAUGAACGGAACCACGGUGGAUCCGGUUAGUAAUAACGUUGGCGCACAACCGACCGUAGGUGUUCCGCCGAUCGCUUCGGUACUGGAGAACGACCAAAUCAGCAUCACCGAGGAUGAGGAUGGCUACUGCGAAAUUGAUGAAGUCAGAGCGGCCGCUGUUCUACUCGAAUCGCAACUACUGGAAGCGCAAGCAAAAAAACUGGCAGCGGAAGCAGAAAAUAAAAUCACCGAUUCGACCUCGCUAGACGACAGCGGCGGAUCCAAAACACCAGACUCACACUUUGAAAUCAAUGAUAAUUAUGAUACGACACAGAAUCACCUACCACCGAAACUGACUGGAAUCGAUAUGUGUGGUAGAAAUCGUCUACUACACGCAUCGGUUAUUGCCCCGACCAUACCGUGCCAUCUGAUAGCGAACUACGUGACUGGCCUGAAUGCGCAAAUUUCACAACUCUUGCCAAAAAUUAGCGAACGUGAUUUAGAACGAGAGCAACUCAAAAGGGAAAAUCAGCAUUUACGGGAACUACUGAAUGCAAUGCAUCAGGAGAGAGUUUUAGAAUCGCAGGAAACUACGGAAGUACCCGUAACUGACCUUGAGCCGCAAAAACAGACUGCGGAGAGUCAAUCACUGAAACCAACAGAAACCAUUAUUACUACUACCACUAGUACUACAACUACCAGCACUGUAAAUGAGUGAAAUUCCACAAACCCAACGAAAAAUGCAAACACAAGCCGGAUAAACAAAAAUGUGCAAAUCGCGAAAUUCGCUUUCGGCCUUGGCAAUCCUCGUACAUGUCAGUGUUAACUCAAACGCCCGACUAUCCAUAGUUUGGACUUGGCAGAACUGGGGCUCUUGGUAUCAUAACCAUGGAAGGUGUGCAAAUCUAUUGUUAUUAAAGAAAAAAAUAACCCGACGGAAUUGGAUGGCCUUAAACUGAUAACAACAACAGCAACAAGUAUGUACGUUUUAAAGUGUUUUUCUAUACUCGAAUAUUUGUCGUCAUAAGCAGAACGUUAGGCAAACAAAUGUGAACUAUUUUGGACGAUAUUAAAAUUUGGGGAACGAGUAUCCAACAACUCACCUUCGUACCGUAGACAACUAGAAAAAAAAUAUCACAAGCAAUUUCUCACCGGCAAAUGUGAUGCCGAUUGAAAACAAAGAAAGCGGAACGAGCAUCAGCAGCGAACAUAUUAUGUUGAGUUAAUUUAUUUUGUGUCCUUUUUUAUAUCGAUGUUAUUUUUUGUUUUAUUUUAUUUAACUUCCUAUCGCAUUAUAUUAGCUUUUUCGUAAAGAUCUUUUUUCCAUCGUGUAUGUUACAGAUUAUAUCGUUAAUAAAGAGAAGAUGGAAACUUGAAUUCCGCUAGCGCAA